UGUACACCACAGAGCACGCGUUGAGUAAAUACAACCGACACCUUAAGUUACAAUUCGCUAUACAUUAAAAUGCACACAUCCACCGCAAGACAAAGAGUUCUCUAAUGAUUAAGGGGGAGUGUGUUAAGCCAUAUAGCACAUCACACCGGCUAUGGAUGUCUUGGAUGGGUAGUAAAUGAGGUACUUUAAAAGACCGAAGGGGAAGCGAGUGGCAACACUUGUGGGAGAGAGAGAUCGGAGUCAACAAAGCAAGGGCGAGAGGUUCGAGUCUCCUUGCUCGGCUUUUUCACCUGAUUUUCGUUAUUUUUGCUACAAGUUUCGCCCGUCGCGGAGUGUUACGAUGCUGUCAGGUGCAUCAAAUCAAGCUUCCCUCACAUAUGAACAUACAUGGAUGACUUGGUUGUUGAGAAGCUGGGAAAGGCUGUCAAUGGUGGAGAGAAUGGGACGAGUGGUGCCCCUUCACAGACGGACCUGCUCAAGCUGCUGGCCGGGGGCAGUGCUGGGGGUCUCGGGGGUUGCCACGGGGGCCUAGGGGGCCUGGGGAGCCUGGCCGCUGCUGCGCAGGCCAGACAGAAUGGCAGCUUGAUGCGGCCUUAUGAGGCACUGCUGCAGGGGCCCUCAGCAGCGGGCAGGAUGGGCCCUCAGGCAGUGGCCAUGCCUGGGCCCACACGCAGACGCAAGAAGAAGAGGCGGAGGCAGCCUGACAUGCCCAAGAAGGCCUGCACGCCCUUCAUGCACUUCUGCGCCUACUUCAAGCGAAAACUGAUGGAGGAGGGCAAGGAGUUCCCACAGUUUGCAGACUUCGGCAAGCGUGCUGGGGAGCUCUGGCGCAACAUGGGCGACACCGAGAAGCAGAAGUUUGUGGAGCUUUCAGAGCAGGACCGGCAGCGGUACAUCAAGGACAUGAAGGAGUACGAGGAGCGCAAACUUGCAGAGAAGGAGCGGGAGCGGGAGUUGCAGCAGCAGAGAGAAAAGGAGCUGCAGGUGCUCCGAGAGAAGGAGCUGGAGAAGCUGCAGAAACAGCAGAGGGAACAGAUGGAGCAGCAGCAGAAGCAGAUGGAGCAGCAUCAUAAACACCAGCAGAGCACUGGCAUGCUCAACCUGCUGAACCCCCUCAACCCCCUCAACCCGCUGAUGAUUGCGGCCAUGAACCAGAGCAUCAUGCAAACCAUGCUCACCAACCCAGACCUCAUGAAGACCGUCUACUCGGAGGCUGCCCGGAACUACUACGUGGAGACCAUGAAGAACCUCUACCAGAGUGCCAGCAGCCAGGCCAACGGCAACGCCAGUGCCGCCUCUGCUGGCGUCCAUGUCAGCACCAGCGGCGCCCACGGGGGGCUGGGUGAACACCACGGCAUCACCACCAGCCCCCUCAGCACCCUAGGCAUGAACCUCAACCUGCUGUCCCUGUUGAACUCUGGGCAGCUGUCAGCAGUGCCCUCUUCUACUCCCACCUCCACAACCACUACUACCAGUGCUAGCUCCCCCCUAGCCAACAAGGCCCCCUCUGCCCUCAAGGCCCCCCCCACAUCCCUCCUAAGCACCACCAACAGCCUGUCCGCGGCAGCUCUGGACCUUUCGGCAGCCAGGCCGGGCGAAGGCAAGGCUGCCUGUAAUAGCGAUGAAGAAAACUUCUAGAUACAUAAAAGGCUGUGUAGUAGAUUUCACAAAGAGGCGCCUGAGGACGCAGAUUGUGACAUCUGAGACACAACAAACCCAAAGUAGCAAAAAGUUCCUAUCUCCAGUCAUUAACUUCCCAAAUAUCAUUCAAACUGCACUUCAUAAAACACAAGCAAGCAAACACAAGAACCAAGAGACCUAUACUUUGCCUAUAUGAGUGUAGUUUGUAAUGUGCAAAUCUUAGAGUGAGUUUAGCUUCUGUAGAACAUCUGUGUUGUUUCAGUAUACUAUUAUAAAAAUAAAUCAAGUACAAUUGCCUUUGGAAAAGAAGAAAAAGCAAAGUGAAGUAUUAUGCAUGCAAAUAAUUUUUAAUAAUAUAUAUACUAUAAAGACGCUGUGAAUUCUUAAGAUAUAACACUGCGUGAAGGUGUGGCUGUGAGGACGCCAUUCUCUGGCCUCUCGAUACUUAAGUACCGACCAACUCCUCUGACAAGUCCAGACGGCCAGGUGGACGGGACGAGAGAGGGAGAGAGAGGGAGCAGCAAGUGCAGACGCCAAGCAGGCAGGCAAGCACCCAGCGAUGGACGAACUCACACCCAACAUGAUGAACCUGCGUGAGUUCCACUCGCAGGAAGGCGGCAUCACCCUGUACUACCAGAUGCUGACACUGGCUGGCAGCGUGUACAUCUGGGUGGGCACUGAGGAGGCCAAGCUUGGCUCCCUGGUGGCGGCCUUCACCCCUCGCGUGGGGCCACCUGCCACCUCUUCCCUGCUGGGGCCAGUCACAGAGGGCAGCCAGCGCACCACCCUCAUGGCCCAGCGACUGCAGGAGCGCAUCAAGAAGCACGUCCUGCUGAGCGUCAACGUGCCGAGUGAAGACCUCAUGCUGGGUGUGGAGCAGCGCUUGGUGGAGGAGCUCUGUGUUGCAUGAAGGCCCGGCUCACCCCCUCCCUUUUUCCCUCCCUCCUCCCAGCCCCAGUCUUUUCCCUAUACCUUUUCAGUUUCCUGAUUCUUUUUUUACUCUUAUCACACUCCCUCAAUUUUCUCUGUACAUCCUCCAACUUCCCUUGUUGUUUUAGUUACCAUCUCCAAGUAGAUUUCAUUGGAUAUGUUAGUUUUGUCCGUCAUCAAGUCGUUUCCCUAUCCCCCUCUCUAUUUUAAUUGAAGUAACAUAUCAUUUUCUUUAUUGUAAAAUGUCACUGGUUUUUUCCUUCCCUUCCCCUCCACUUCUUUGCUAAGUGGGAAGUCUUAAUGAAGCAACCCGAUUAGCAUUAAGGAAAGCUUUUGAAAUGUGUCUGAUCCUGACUUUUCAAGAAUCACUGAAGUCCCACCUAUGUUUAGAAAGAGAGAGAGAGAGAGAGAAAGAGAUCAUUAGAGGUUCACGUGCACCUGAUCCAAUAUUUUUUCUUUUCAAAAUUCUACAAGAGUGAGAGUUGCAGAUGCCCCAUGAGGGUUAAGAGGUAGUGGUAAAUGUGUGAGUGAUGCAGCAGCUGUAGAUGGAGCGCCUGUAACUAUAUUGUACAGAGUUAUACACCCACUCUAGAGCUAUAUUUUUUGAUAGGAGAGCUAGCUAUUCAUAUACAUCUUACCUAUCCCUUUCUGGACUUAACAAAGGAAGAAAAAACAAACUAACAUGCCUUAGAAAACAAAGUACCAUUCAGUCUAUCAUUCAGAAUCACCUAAAUGACAACAAACAACACCAUUCAUAAUCUAUCCCAUUCUUGGAUCUAGCCAUCUCACUUGUGGCCUCUCAGCUGUCCACACAAGGCCCCCAGUGCUGUGAGUCUUGGCCUUGGUGCACACAGACCACCACCACCACCAUCACCGCCACCACCCUCACCACCACCACCUGCUGCCAGAGGAAUCAAUCUCCGCUACCCUGCCCAUCGGAGGGACCUCGUAAGCACCGGCCAGCUCCCGCCCCCAUGUGUCGCCUGGUGCUGUGGGGAGCGUCGCGUCCCUCCCACCCCUCCAGCACCGGGGCGGGACAGCCGUGCAUCAUUGCCUUCACAGCGUACAGCUUACCAGAUUCUUCCACUACUGCCGGAGAAAUGACCGGCGGUUGGUUGCACAAGAGGUAUUCAGUCCACAGGCUUGGUGGUGCAAACAAGUGAUAACUGAAGAAUGAUAAUCGUAUGUACUCUUUAUCAGGGUAGAUAUUAAGUUCCUCCUUAUUAUUAUUAUUAUAAUUAUCAUUAUUAUUAUUAUUUUAAAACAGAUUUUUUGUAAUCUCCUUUAUAGAGGUAUUGUUUAUUUUUAGAAAUUCUGUAUAUUUGUCCUAUGCAAUAGGUGGUAUUGAAAGCCAGCAGUCUUUUUGCUUCCCGAUUCGUAGUGACUACCUCACAGGUGAUAGAUUAAUGAAAAGACAUUCCUUCCCUGUAGCCCGUGAAUUUUUAGGCAGCUCAGGAAACACAGGGGGGCUGCAGGGGAGGUGCUGUCCAGACGGAUCAGUGACCACCCGAUCUCUCUUUUUUAUAACAACUCAACAGUCGGGAAAAGACACAGCGUCGCUCCUGGCUCGCACCCCUCAGGGAGGAGCUUGUUCCUGCGCGUCUGUGAGUGUCUGUCCCAGCAGCACCUCCCCGGUGGCCCCCCACUCCCGCCCUCCCCUCGCCCCACCCCGGACCAUAGACCCGCCAUACACUGACCCCGUGCCACCUCGCAAACCCUCCGGCCAGCGCUGGGCGUUGUGGAGGCCGCGGGGGAGGCUCCGCCGGGCUGCCGCGCACGGAGAAAAAGUAUUAUGGAGAGUCUUCCUUGCGCGCCCCGGAGCCUCGCCCGCGGCCGCCCCUGUGCCAUGGAGAGUGAUGCGUGAUGCAGCAGCAGCGGACCGUCGCGGCGGAAGGCCCUCGUUUAUCAGUAUUAUCAACGGCUUGUGAUAAUAAGGCUACUUAUCCCGCCCUCUGUUAGGAGUCUCGUUCCUGGUCUCGCCGUGAUGGUCCCUCCUCCCCCCAGCGCCGGCCGCCCCUCCCUCCCCUUCCCCUCCCCUCCUAUCCCAACAACAGUCCCCCGUACCCUUUACUGUUCCCUCAGUGCUGUCUUGGUGUGUAGGAGCAGUUCCGUCCCAGCUGAUGCAAAACAAGAACGGUUUCCUUCGUUUCUUGCAAUCUCGUGGCUUUGUUCUGUCACGGUUUGUUUCGUCGGGUGUUGGCUGGGAUGUAGUUAUGUUUCAGUAUUGUGCUUGUAUCUUCCUCUGCCUCCAUCUUCUCCUGUUCCUCCUUUUCCUCCAAAUCCAAGGCCACCCCCUGGCGGCCUGCACGUGAGACACACUCUUCCCCAGCUUCACGUUACGUCGUCUUCACGUCGCCUCAGGGCACAGGUUUCGCUCCCCGGUAACGUGGGUCCUAAGGUACGGCCUCCCUCGUCCUCGCACACUCGUGAUACGUUAGUCUCUAGUUGGUUCCUCUUAUGCAAUCAUACGCGAUAGAUUUCUUUCCUUUAUAAUAUAUUUGCCGCUUGCGUCUCCCAGUGGUCACACCCCGCCCACAUCAGGAGGAUGUGGUCGGAGGUCGUGGCGUCGACGACAAUCAUUACGUUUGUCAUUCACACUCCCGUAGGUUUAACGCCGAGUCAGAAAAAUUGUGAUGCGGGUGUGGUGGUGAAAUCGACCCCCUCACCCUUGCCGACUUUUCUAGUUGGGUGCGAGGCGCCGCGGGAGGCCCAUCGUGCAGUGUGAUAGUGUCAAAUGCUAGUCUGACGGCGGGGAGCGUAGCCUCGUCCCACCACCCUCUACCUCCUGCCCAGUGUGUCCCGCCGCCUGCCCGCCCUGAGCCCCGCGCCGAAACAAUGUGAAGGUUAUUUUUUUGAGAGUACCGAUCGGCGUGCGUGGCGGGGCGGUGGGCGGUUUGGCGCCGCGGUGGGACCGAGGCCAGCCGAGGUCAAGCCGCGGCGCUGGACACUAACCAUUCCUACCAGAGCCCAGGCCCGCGAGGGUCUGAGGCAGCCAUGUAGCAACCCAAGUUCCUCGCCUAAACAGGUUCCUCUCCCCUACAGUACCCCGCCCCUUGAGCUCCACCAGUAUUUUAUUUUGCACUCUUUGUGCCCAAUCUCUUGUACGAUAAGCUGAUGCCAGACUCCAGUCACGGGCGAGCGGCAGCCUUCCGGCUCGGCCCUGCGUGGCCAGCGCGCGAGGCCCCGCGGCGGGAGGCUGGCGCUGCGUCUGAUGGUCUGAACACUUAGAUGAUGCCAAUACGAUGCAUGAAUGGGAUAGCAUUAUUUUCAUAAUGGUUCCGAUUGAAUACCUUGAAGGUAUUUCUUGGCCAAGUAUUUAACAUUCCUUUGCUUACACAAGAAGCAGGUAAAGUGCAAAAAUUUAUUUCAUUCUCUUAACUAGGAGAGAAUCAACUCCUUCUGCUAUGCACAAGUUAAUACUGCACAUUGGAGCAUUUGGCACACAUAGUAUAUCGAGGUGGGAGAGUUGCCUCCUGUGAUAGGCAUUUGUUUUUCAACUGAUGUACUCGCAUGUGCGUGCCACGGACCACCCCUGGUGAGGUAGAGCCUUGGCUGACGGCGCGGGGGCGGGGCCGGCGGGCGUCCCCCGCUGCGGCCCCGCCCCCGCCAAGGGCCCAGCACAGUGCCUAAGGGCCUGCCCAUUAUGCAAACAUAUUUUGAAUUAAGCAAAGCAAUAUUAUGUUUUGUCUAUUGCUGUUAUUGGAGACAAAUGGUUAUUCUGUGAAUUUUGAACAAAAAAUAGUAAUCAUUUUGUACAUGGUAAGAGAAGAAGACUAGAAGCUGAAAUUAUUCACUAGAAAAUUAUGUGCUAUUUUUAGAGAGUCUCUAGUUUGUGUACUUUGUUAUAUAUCUGGAUGAUGUAGUCUUGUACGAGGUGUAUGAAGUGUAGGGUAACGAGAGUGUGUCGUGAUCAUAGGUAGUCUAGGCGGAACAAGGUAGGGGCUAGACAGUGCUGAACUGAUAUAUAUGCAACCUGUAGUUUGAAAUACUCGAAAAUAAAGAUCAGAUCAGACAAA